AUGACAUCCGUUAGAAAAAGAAAGAUGAACAGAUCUUCUGUUGGGAAAGCAACCAGGAGAAACAAAGACAAACAAAGAAAGAUUAACAUCCAGUCUAAUCCGAUUAUUGCAGCAAAUUGGGACUAUUCACUGACAAUGGCACAAAACUAUAAGAAAUUAGGGCUAAGGGCUAAAUUACAAACACCAGCAGGAGGCAAAGAGGCCGAUUUAAGUAAAGUAGUUAAAAGAAUUCCAUUAACGAAGCCUGUGUUGGAUGAAGAUGAAGAUGAAGAUGAAGGUGAGGACGAGCAAAAUGAUUAUAAUGCGGCUACCGUGGAGCUCGAUGAAAAUGAGAUACCAGAAGGUGGGGCAAGGAUACAGCGUGAUAAGAAUGGUGAUGUUGUAAGAGUUGUUUACGGUAAGAAAAAGAACUUUGAUGCUGAUGAGGAUGUUAACGAAAUAAAAGCUAGGGAUACUACCGAGGAGACCGAAGUGGUUAAGAAAUUAGAAGAACUUGCGUCUAGACCAGUUAUCAGAAAGGAACGUAGCCAAAGUGAAAGGGAAGAAGAAUGGUUGGAAAAAUUAUAUAAGAAACACGGUGAUGAUUAUAAAAAAAUGUUUUUCGAUAAGAAGCUGAACAUCUACCAGCAAUCUGAGGGUGACUUGAAAAGAAGGUUAUUAAGGUGGAAAAAAAGAAACGGUAUUGCAUCAAAAUAA